GUUGCUACUCGAAAAGGGUGCUGACAUUGAUGCCAAGAAUGAAUAUGGAGACACAAAAUUACAUCAAGCAUGCUACUUUGGUCAUUUAGAGGUAAUCAAGUUGCUACUCGAGAAGGAUGCUGACAUUGAUGCCAAGGGUCAACAUGGAGACACACCAUUGUACAAGGCAUGCAAUAAAGGUCGUUUCGAGGUUGUCAAGUUGCUACUUGAAAAGGGUGCUGACAUUCAUGCCAACUUUGAUGGAAAUACAGCAUUACACGCUGCAUGCUGGAGGGGACGCACGCCAUUGCACAAUGAAUGCUGGAAGAAGGGUCAUCUAGAGAUAGUCGAGUUGCUACUCGAAAAUGGUGCUGACAUUAAUGCCAAAGAUAACUGUGGAAAAACACCAUUGUACAAGGCAUGCGAUAAAGGUCAUUUAGAGAUAGUCAAGUUGCUACUUGAGAAGGGUGCUGACAUUGAUGCCAAGGGUCAAUAUGGAGACACACCAUUGCACAAGGCAUGGGAUAAAGGUCAUUUCGAGAUAGUCAAGUUGUUACUCGAGAAGGGUGCUGACAUUAAUGCCAAGAAUGAAUAUGGAGACACUCCAUUGUACAAGGCAUGCAAUAAAGGUCAUUUGGAGAUAGUCAAGUUGCUACUUGAGAAGGGUGCUGACAUUAAUGCCAAGAAUGAAUAUGGAGACACUCCAUUGUACAAGGCAUGCGAUAAAGGUCAUCUAAAGAUAGUCGAGUUGCUACUCGAGAAGGGUGCUGACGUGAAUGCCACAGACGCUGAAGGAAAGACCUCAUUGCAUGUGGCAUGCCGUGAGGGUCAUUUGAAGGUAGUCAAGUUUCUAGUUCAAAAGGGUGCUGAUGUCAAUUCAAAAGAAAAAGGUGGAGACACACCAAUGCAUUGGGCAUGUGGGAAGGGUCAUUUGAAGGUAGUCAACUUUCUAGUUGAAAGGGGUGCUGAUGUCAAUUCUAAGAAAAAAGGUGGAGAGACGCCAAUGCAUUGGGCAUGUGGGAAGGGUCAUUUGAAGGUAGUCAAGUUUCUAGUCGAUAUGGGUGCUGAUGCUCAUGCCAAAGCUACGAUUGGAAUGACGCCAUUUGAAAUGAUAUGUUGCAAUGAUGAUUUGGACCUGGUCAUGUUGCUAGUCCAAAGGUCAUGUUGUGAUGGCCAUUUGGAGGUGAUCAAGAAGCUGCUUGUUGGGGCAU